AUGCCUAACCAACCACAACCGCGUAAAGGUACGAGAGGUCGCGCGGCUCCCAGGUUCAUGGAGAUGUCCGACAAAGUGGAUUUCACGGCAUGCGGUUGGGUGCUCACAAUCUUCUCAUAUAUUCUAGCAGUUCUCACACUGCCAAUUUCAAUAUUUCUUUGUGUAAAGGUCGCACAAGAGUACGAGAGAGCUGUGAUAUUCCGAUUAGGACGGGUGAAGCCGGGAGGUGCUCGUGGACCGGGGCUGUUUUUUGUGGUCCCAUGUAUAGAUUCGUAUAAGAAGAUUGAUUUGAGAACGUUGUCUUUCGAAGUGCCACCACAAGAGCUGUUGUCAAAGGACGCGGUGACAGUUGCCGUGGAUGCUGUGGUGUUUUUCAGAAUUUCCAAUGCGACUAUUUCUGUAAUCAAUAUUGAAGAUGCCGCCAGAUCUACUAAACUUCUUGCUCAAACAACUCUUCGAAAUAUUCUGGGAACCAAAACACUGACCGAAAUGCUCUCUGACCGUGAUGUGAUCUCUCUUCAAAUGCAGGCAACACUUGACGAGACCACAAUCCCAUGGGGCGUUAAAGUUGAACGCGUUGAGAUGAAAGAUGUUCGUCUUCCGUACCAAUUGCAACGAGCAAUGGCUGCUGAAGCAGAAGCGACAAGAGAGGCGAUGGCUAAAAUUAUUGCCGCAGAAGGAGAACAAAAUGCGUCGAUGGCUCUGGCAGAAGCUGCUGAUGUGAUUUCCAUGUCUCCAUGUGCCAUCCAGCUACGCUACUUGCAAACUCUCAAUAGUAUUAGCUCUGAAAAAAAUAACACAAUUGUCUUCCCUUUCCCAAUGGAAAUGAUGUCCCGAUUCAUCAAGAACCAGAAGAAGCAUGUGAUGAAAAGAAUGAGUGCGCUCAAGUACAGCUGA